AUGGUGGCGGAGGAACACAGAGAGCACUGCUUCAGGCCGAUUAAAGGAGCUGUUAAAAUCUGCACGGAUCAGCUAAAAUCUUCCUUAGACUCUCUCACAAAAAAGAAAUCAGACUUCCAGGAAAAGGAGCAGCAACAGAAAGAGAAGAUAUCCGGAGUUCAGGAACAGUCACACAGUGUUCAGUCCCACAUCACAUCCCAGUUUGCUGAACUGCGCCAGAUUAUCACUGAGAAAGAGCAGAGUUUACUCAGGGAUCUCAGGGAAGAAGAGAAGAGGAUUCUCAAACCAAUGGAGAAAAAUCAUUGGAAGAUUCAAGAGAAUAUAAGGAUUAUUCAGGAAGAAAUCACUAAGUUAAAGGAACAGAUGGAUCAAAAAGAUAGUGUGAUGUUUCUCAAGGAGGAAGCUCGUCGGAACAGCAGGAUUAAUGACAAUGUCCAGGAAUUGGCAGUGACAGAUGAGACCCUACCGGUGCUGAGAGAAUCACUUGAUGCUAUUAAUCGAGUCUCUGUCAAUCUGGAUGUGGAAACGGCGGGUCCGUGUCUCGAGGUGUCUGAGGAUCGGAAGAGUGUGAGACGGACCGAGACCUGGAGGAAUCUCCAUGACUCCGGGAAGAGAUUCACAAUCUGGCCUUGUGUGCUGGGAUCGGAGGGAUACACAUCGGGGAAACAUUACUGGGAGGUGGAGGUGACGGGGAAUCGGUUCUGGGGUCUGGGAGUCGCCGCAGAGUCUGUGGAGAGGAAGGAAUGGGUCAGACUGAGUCCGGAGACCGGGUUCUGGGUCAUCGGGCGGUAUUGUGACGUGUUACAUCGUGAUUGUGACGUGUCCCGUGAUCUUACCUCCCCCGGGGCCCGUCUCCCUGCCGGUCCCAUCCCCGGGAGGGUGGGAGUUUAUCUUAGUUACGAGUCCGGGACAGUUUCCUUUUACAACGCGGAGACUAUGUCCCAUCUCCACACCUUCACUGGGAAUAAAUUCACGGGGAAACUUUAUCCUCUCUUCCGGACUGUGGAUGUGAAUCAGUGGCUGAGAAUCUGCUCCGGUUCCGCUCCGGGUCUGUAAACGGGUCGUGUCCCGGGACCGGCGUCCGGAGUAAAGUCCCUGUAAAUAUAAAUGUGCGGAGAGUGCAGCUAAAUACAUGGUGCAGGAGGGAGGGCUUCAUGUUUCUGGACAAUUGGGCUUUGUUCCCGGGAAGGUGGGACCUGUUCCGACGGGACGUUUUGCCCCUGAACUGGAGGGUGCUAACAUCCUGGCAGGUAAAUUUGCAGUUCCGCUGGGAGCGGGGGGGGGGUGUAAAAAUGACUUGCAGAAGGAGGGGAACCAGAGUGUUAGAGUAGAUAGUGAGGUGGAGGAGGCUAAAGGUCAUGCGAGGACUGCAUAUAUAGACAGAAAUCAAAGGUGUGUACAUUAGGUUGUAAAUUAAUUUUCAGAGCUUUAGAAAUUGUAGAAAAUAAAGAUUUCCAGAAAGAUUUUGAUGAAGAACAUGACCAGAACAUAUGUGAAAAAGUGGCUACUUCAGUUUUAUACCUAUUGCAAUAAUUGUCUAUGUUAGGAAAUAUUUUGGAUAGUCUCUCCUUUGUUCAAUAGUAACAGUAAACAAUUUUAAAUUGAAUUAAACACUGAUUGGCACAUAUCAAAGAAGAAUUGACCAUCUUCAUUAACAAAGGUCAUAUUAAGUUCUCUCUCCCAAACUUGUUUAAUCUUUAGUGAUUAAGGGGAUCUGCUUUCUUUUGCAGAUUUAUUUAUUUUUAUUUUCAUUUAUUUUGUGAUGGUCGAUUGAUGACUUUUGAUUAGCAAAUAUUCUCUCUCUCAUACACACUUACUGCAAGAUCCUCAGGUUAGAUAUUUUUUACAAAAAUAAUUAUCCCAGUUUCCAUAUAUGCAAGAAUCUGAUUUGUUGGAUACUAUUUUGAAUAUGAAUCCUUUAGUAAGA